GAUUCUGCAGGCUGCUCUUGCGGACCGUCUAGGCGACGGGAGGGGAAAUAGCCUUCGACUUGGCUUCGCGCAUUCGAGCGACUGUGGUCAUGUAGAGGGAACCAGUCCGAAGCCUUAGUCGGUGCAAGAAUGGAUCUUCGGGUCGAGAUCGCUCCGACUGUUGAGGACUUCAUCACAGACUGAAUUAUGGCGGAGAGUGUUAAAGUCAUAGUAAGAUGUCGGCCUAUGAACAGAAGAGAAAAAGACCUUUGUUCGAGGAGCGUGGUGUACAUGGACCACGACCACUGCACCUGCUCCAUUGUGAACCCAGCUGACCAUGCAGCUCCUCCCAAGACGUUCACCUUCGAUGGGGUCUACGACACGGACUCCACCACGGAGCAGAUCUACAAUGACAUCAGCUACCCUCUGGUCGAGAGCGUGCUGGAGGGCUACAACGGCACGGUGUUCGCCUACGGCCAGACGGGCUGCGGGAAGAGCUUCACGAUGCAGGGCGUGGUGGACCCUGCGGCGCAGCGGGGCAUCAUCCCGCGCGCCUUCGAGCACAUCUUCGAAGCCGUGUCGGUGGCCGAGAGCACCAAGUACCUCGUGCUGGCCUCCUACCUGGAGAUCUACAACGAAGAGAUACGCGACCUCCUGGGCAACGACGUCAAGAAGCGGCUCGACCUCAAGGAACACGCCGAGAAAGGGAUCUACGUGCAAGACCUGUCGCUGCACCCGGUGCACAACGUGUCGGAGUGCGAGGAGCUGAUGGAGCGCGGCUGGAGGAACCGCUCCACCGGGGCCACGCUCAUGAACAGCGACUCGUCCCGCUCGCACUCCAUCUUCAGCAUCAACCUGGAGAUGAUGCCGGCGUGCGCGCUGGAGGAGGGCGGGUGUUCGCGGGGCUCCGGGCCGGCCGGCGCCAAGGGCGCGCACAUCCGGCGCGGCAAGCUCAACCUCGUCGACUUGGCCGGCAGCGAGCGCCAGGCCAAGACGGGAGCGACAGGAGAGCGUCUGAAAGAAGCCACCAAGAUCAACUUGUCUUUGUCUGCGCUGGGAAAUGUCAUUUCGGCGUUAGUCGAUGGCAAAGCUAAGCACAUUCCUUAUCGAGAUUCCAAAUUAACAAGACUUCUUCAGGAUUCCUUGGGUGGGAACACGAAGACGCUGAUGGUGGCGUGUCUCUCCCCGGCCGACAACAACUACGACGAGACGCUGAGCACCCUGCGCUACGCCAACAGGGCGAAGAACAUCCAGAAUAAGCCGCGCAUCAACGAGGACCCCAAGGACACCAUGCUGCGAGAGUACCAAGAAGAGAUUAGGAAGCUCAAGGAAAUGUUGGAGGGCAAUCAAACCAAUGGCCACUCGUUAGACGUGGCACCAGAGAGUUUCCUGGAGGAGGAGAGGGAGAAGGUGAGGAGAGAGUAUGAAGAGAAGAUGCAGAAAAUGCGUGAAGAAUAUGAGGCUGAACAAAAUCACAAAUAUCAACUUCAGGAAGAUAUGAACAAGCUGAAACAACACUACGAAGUACAGCUUGCGAAUAUAAACCAACAGGCCAAACUGAGCCCGAGUGCGACGGCGGGCCACGGCAAGAGCCCGGCGUUCGUGGUGACGUCGCCGGGAGGCACCACGCCCUCGGAACUGGUGGACGAGGCGCUCAAGAGUGAUAAGGCUGCGUUAACGCCAGCUCAGCAAGAAGUACUAUUGAGGCUGCAGAAGCUGCAGAAGAGCAUGGUGGGCGGUGAGCGCGCCAACGACAAGGAGGCGAAGGAGCGUCGCCUGCGCAAGAAGCGCGCGUCGGAGCGCCGCCUGCAGGCGCUGGCCAAGGUGCUUUCCAAGGUGGACGACGAGGAGGGAGUCAUGCUGCAGGUGUAUGAUGAUAUUGAGCAGAAGCUGCGGCAUACGACAGAUGUACUUCGCAAAUAUAAAACUAAGCUCAAUGCUUCAGAAAGAGAAAUCAAAGAUCUUCAAGGGGAAUUUGAAAAAGAAAGAACACAUUAUUUAGAAACAAUUAGAACAAUUGAUCGACAACGAAUAUUGUAUCAACAAAUUGUAGAUAAAAUAGUUCCUACGUUGCGAAAGGAAUGUAACUACAGCAAUUUGGAAAGAAUUAAAAGUGAGGCCAAAUGGAAUGACAACACUCAGCAGUGGAAUAUACCUGAUCUAGUAAUCACACAUGUAAAACUUCCUCCUGCAGCAUCCCCAUCACAACUGCACUCUAACAGAAGCAGCGGUUCAAGUGAUAAAUCAAGUAAAUCAUCCAGCCCUCCUCACUACAGGCUGAGCUCACCCGAAUUCCUGGAAGAUGGAGAUAGGUCUAUUAUACAGCGGUUGCAGAAAAGUGAGGAAGAGGACAUAGCAGGCAAUUACUUCAAACCUAAACGUGCUGCUGAAUUAUUAAAUAGAGCUAAAGAAGAUGCAAGUAGAGCAUUUAAUACAUGGAGAGAUUACACUAAUCAGCAUAAAGGUAAUAGCACGAAUGGACUGAACAACAUUUUAAAUUCUAGUUUAUCUCAUAAUGGAUUGCACUCAUCUCUCAACGCUUUGAAUCUUAAUUCAUCUACAAAAUCUAAUGGAUUUUUAAAUAACUCCUGGGGAUCUAGUUCAACCACAAAUGGUGUCCAUGAGGGAAGCAGAGGGAAUGGAUGGAUUGGAAAUGGAAUAGAUGUUUCACCUGAUUUGAAUGUAAGAAGACCAAUAAGACUCCAAGCUUUGCCAGUUUUGGAUAAAAAGUACAACACAAAGAGAAAAAGUGGUAAAACAGAAUUAAAUACAAUGGACAUAAUAUGAAAAUCAGUUAUUGUUGUUAUUAACAAGAAUUUUGUGAUAAGGAAACUAUUUAAAAUCUGGAUUGUACCUGCUUUAUGGAAAAAACAAUAACAGCUUGUCCAACAAGGUCCCAUCUUUCAUAUUUCAACUUUAAAAGAAUAUAAGCAACUGUUAUCUCUCUACCCAAUACUUUUCUCAAAAUAUUUACAAGAAAUAUGAAAAUAGCUUUAAAAUCUGAAUGACUAAUGCCUAAUUUAAAUAUAUUUGAUUGUUAAUUUUAGAUUGUAUCUGACUGUGAUAAAUGAAUUUAAACAUGGAAAUUUGGAGACUCUUCCCACAAAUAUCUUGUCUUUAAAUUCAUUAUUCUAUCAGAAAUAUUAUUGAGGUAACUAGAUAUUAUUGAAAUAAUGAAAGGUGAUGAAUUUUCUCUCAAAUGUGCCUACAAUUGAAAUACAAUAUUUAAUGUUGCUAUUUGGUUUUUCAGCAUUUGUUAAACAUUCCAUGAGAAAUCUUCAAAGAGACAUAUUAGAGUAGUAAUGACAAUAGAAGAGAAGAUCAUAUCAUGUUUCAUACUUGUGGCAAAAAGAGAUAAACAUAAAGUAUAAUUAAGUAUAGCUAACAAUGUGAAGUUAAAAGGAUAAAAUAGUUUCAGGAAUAUCAGUGUUGUAGCAAGUUUAAACUAGAAACUUUCUAAUCAUAAACAACUUUUUUGAAGAUUGUGCCUUCAGAAUUGGGCAGAAGGUUUGGUUUUCUAGGUUUCACUAUGCAUGCAAAAUAAUUUAAAAGUCAAAUUAAAAUUAUCUUGCGAUACACAAAAUAAGAAUAAGCAAACUUAUAAAACCAACCAACCAACAAAAUAUUCCUUUCGGCAAAAUAAUUGUAACAAUUUAAUCUUGUAUAUUCCAUUCAGAAAUUUAAUAAUUAAUUUCAUUGAUGAAAUAUAUGAUACGAUGCUGCCAUGUUUUAUCAGAGAUUUUAUGUUUUAUCAGUUGAUUAUUUAUGAGUGUAUUAUUUUCUUUUCUAGAAUAUGUCAAAAUUUAUUGUAAAUGCACAUGAAGUAUACUUAAAAAAUAUUUGUAAUAUUGCUCUCGUCUUUAUGCAAAACUAGAAAAUUAUUAAAAAAAAUUCAAUGUUAACAAUUGUUUUAUUUUUAACACUGAAUUGAAAAAUCUUUGCUCAUUUAAAAUGGCACAAUGUUAAUUAUGAACUAUUGGGCUAGAGAUAUAAUCUAUACUUUGUGCAACACUGUUUUUUUAUGAAGUAGAAUGCAAGUGUGAAGGGAAAUCAAAUAUUUAGCCUCUCUUGAUUGAAAUUUACAAAAUUAGUAAGUAUAUUCAGUUCGAAUUCAAUUGCUGAUGCAUAAAAAUUCAGAAAAAUAUAUAAACAAAUUUUUAAAUAAAAUAUGCAUAGACAAAGAUAUGAGUAUAUAAUUUUUGAAAAUUGCUGCAAUCAUGAUCCAUGAUUCUUCUCUACUAGUGAUUUUGUGACAUUGUGAAAAAAAUAAUAUUGAAAUGUUAAUAUUAUUAAUAUGAAUUCUGUACAUAUAUCAUGAACAUGUUAAGAUAUUUGAAGAAUAAUUUUAUAUAUAUUUUGCUAUGUAAAUAUGUGUAAAAUAAAAACUUUGACAAUGAAGUAUUUGAACAUUAC